AUGGACGUCAUCCAAUUUCCCCCGUCCGAAGGAGGUCGCGGGGCUGUUGCACUGAAGGACAUUCCGGAAGGGCAUACGGUGUUUGAGAUCCCGCGUUCGUUGGUUCUAUCGACGCGGACAAGUACUCUUCCCCAGAGGUUUGGUGGAAACGCGUGGAAGAAGGCCAUGCUGCACCAGGGCUGGUCUGGUCUUAUCCUCUGCAUGAUGUGGGAGGCUGCUCAAGGCUCUCACUCCAAAUGGUCGGCAUACUUCGACUCUCUGCCGACUAGCUUCGACACUCCAAUGUUCUGGAACGACGAAGACCUCACAGAGCUGAAAGGAACCUCUGUGGUAGACAAACUAGGCAAAGACCAGGCCGAGAAAGAUUUCACGGAAAAAAUACUUCCGGCUGUGCAGAGCCGUCCAGAUCUCUUCAAUUCCCAGGAUAUCCCAACGAAAUACACCCUGGAGACGUAUCACCUCAUGGGUACCCGAAUUUCCUCACGAAGCUUCACGCUAGAAAAGGCGGAGGAAGAGGUAGAACAUCACGACGCAGAUGAUCCUGCAGAGAACGAGGCGGCUAAUACGAGCAUGGGUAGUGCUAUGGAUGUUGACGGUCCUCCAUCGCUUGAUCAUGAGCAGGGUGACGAACAUCCAGACCACCAGGAGGAAGAGGAGGGAAACAACGAGGAAGAAGAGGAAGAUUCAACUGAGGUCGUCAUGAUUCCUCUCGCCGACAUCCUGAACGCCCGAUACAGAACAGAAAACGUCAAGCUCUUCUAUGAGCCCAACUGCCUCAAAAUGGUUUCGACAAAACCAAUAAAAGCUGGUGAACAAAUUUGGAAUACCUACGGCGACCUUCCCAAUGCUGAGCUCCUACGUGGGUUCGGACACGUCGACUACCUGCCUUUAGCAGGCACAGACAACAAAUUUGGCAAUCCUGGCGACGUUGUCGAAGUCCGAGCCGACCUUUUUGUGCAGUGUGCUCUCGAGGUACACCCAGAACACGUCAAGGAAGCGGAGAGCGAGUUGAUAGAGAGGAUAGAUUGGUGGCUAGAGGAGGGAGGUGACGAUGUGUUCGUCCUGGAGAUCGAUCCUGAUUCUUCAGAGCUUGAAAUCCCGCCGCCUAUGCUCUCGUUUACCAGGCUCAUACUCUUCCAAGCCGAGUGGGAACGCGCGAAGAGCAAGAGCAAGCCACCCAAACCGACUAUGGAUAUGCAGACUCUGUCUGUGCUCGUCGCUGUGCUGGAAAGGCGACUGCAGGCGUACGACACGUCUCUGGAGGCUGACGAAUCUAUUCUCAACACCCGACUCGACGCCCUGUCACUCAACAAAAGACAUGCAUUGAUCGUUCGUGUAGGCGAGAAGCGGAUCCUACAGGCUUACCGAGACAAAGUCGGCCAUCUAUUGGAUGAAGCACGGAUGAAAGAAGCUGGUGCUUCAAGCGGCAAGUCAAGUGGUAAAGGAAAAAGGCAGCGAGAGGCAGAUGAUUCAGAAAAGGACGGCGGGCGGCGGAUUAAGAGGCAGGUGCGCUGA